CGGCUCUGCUCGCACAUCCUGCCCGCCGAAACCCCACCUUCCGCGGCGGGGCCGUGCCGAGCCGGGCCGGGCUGGGCUGGGCUGAAGCGGGCAGGGCGGUGGCGGCGGCGGCAGCUUCCGGAGCAGAGCUGAAGGCAGUGCUGCCGGUGCCCAGCCAUGAUGCCCUUUGGUGGGAUGGCUGCCCGUCUGCAAAGGGACCGCCUGAGAGCCGAAGGCGUUGGCCAACACGACAACGCUAUCAAAUACCUCAACCAGGACUAUGAGGCCCUCAAACAGGAGUGCAUUGAGAGCGGCACCCUCUUUAGGGACCCCCAGUUCCCAGCCGGCCCCUCUGCCCUCGGAUUCAAGGAGCUGGGGCCACAUUCCAGCAAGACGCGGGGGGUGGUGUGGAAGCGUCCAUCGGAAUUAGUGGAUGACCCGCAGUUCAUCGUUGGCGGUGCAACCCGGACAGACAUCUGCCAGGGGGCUCUGGGUGACUGCUGGCUGCUGGCUGCCAUCGGCUCCCUCACGCUCAAUGAGGAGCUCCUGCACCGUGUGGUGCCCCACGGGCAGAGCUUCCAGGAGGACUAUGCUGGCAUCUUCCACUUCCAGAUCUGGCAGUUUGGUGAAUGGGUGGAUGUGGUAGUGGAUGACCAGCUGCCCACCAAGGACGGGGAGCUCCUGUUUGUCCACUCGGCAGAGUGCACCGAGUUCUGGAGUGCUCUGCUGGAGAAGGCCUAUGCCAAGCUGAACGGCUGCUAUGAGUCGCUGUCAGGGGGCAGCACCACCGAGGGCUUCGAGGACUUCACCGGCGGCGUGGCAGAGAUGUAUGACCUCAAGCGGCCGCCGCGCAACAUGGGCCACAUCAUCCGCAAGGCGCUGGAGAGAGGUUCCCUGCUGGGCUGCUCCAUCGACAUCACAAGUGCCUUUGAUAUGGAAGCAGUGACCUUCAAGAAGCUGGUGAAGGGCCAUGCCUAUUCUGUCACAGCCUUCAGAGAUGUGAACUACCGGGGACAGCAGGAGCAGCUCAUCCGCAUCAGGAACCCCUGGGGUCAGGUGGAGUGGACCGGAGCCUGGAGCGAUGGCUCCUCUGAGUGGGACAACAUUGACCCUGACGACAGGGAAGAGCUGCAGCUGAAGAUGGAGGAUGGAGAGUUCUGGAUGUCUUUCCGGGACUUCAUGAGGGAGUUCUCCAGGCUGGAGAUUUGCAACCUGACCCCCGAUGCCCUCACCAAGGACGAGCUCAGCAGAUGGCACACACAGGUGUUUGAGGGCACGUGGCGCCGGGGGAGCACUGCUGGGGGCUGCAGGAAUCACCCAGCCACAUUCUGGAUCAACCCCCAGUUUAAGAUCAAGCUGCUGGAAGAGGAUGACGACCCUGGGGACGACGAGGUAGCCUGCAGCUUUCUGGUGGCUCUGAUGCAGAAGCACCGGCGGCGGGAGCGGCGGGUCGGGGGCGACAUGCACACCAUUGGCUUCGCUGUCUACGAGGUUCCUGAGGAGGCCCAGGGCAGCCAGCCUGUGCACUUGAAGAAGGACUUCUUCCUGCGAAACCAGUCACGGGCACGGUCUGAGACCUUCAUCAACCUGCGGGAGGUGAGCAACCAGAUCCGGCUGCCCCCGGGCGAGUACAUCGUUGUGCCCUCAACUUUUGAGCCACAUAAGGAGGCCGACUUCAUCCUGCGGGUCUUCACUGAGAAGCAGUCAGACACAGCGGAGCUGGAUGAGGAGAUCUCGGCAGAUCUGGCAGAUGAGGAGGAAAUAACUGAGGAUGACAUAGAGGAUGGCUUCAAGAACAUGUUCCAGCAGCUGGCAGGGGAGGACAUGGAAAUCAGUGUCUUCGAGCUCCGAACUAUUCUGAACAGAGUCAUCGCUAGACACAAAGAUCUGAAGACAGAUGGGUUCAGCCUGGACUCCUGCCGCAAUAUGGUCAACCUGAUGGAUAAAGAUGGCAGUGCCCGCCUCGGGCUGGUGGAGUUCCAGAUCCUGUGGAACAAGAUCCGCAGCUGGCUGGGAAUCUUCCGCCAACACGACCUGGAUAAGUCGGGCACCAUGAGCUCCUAUGAAAUGCGCAUGGCUCUAGAGUCAGCCGGUUUCAAGUUGAACAACAAGCUGCAUCAGGUGGUGGUGGCCCGCUAUGCAGAUGCUGACAUGGGUGUAGACUUCGACAACUUUGUCUGCUGCCUGGUGAAGCUGGAGGCCAUGUUCAGGUUCUUCCGCAGCAUGGACCCCGAAGGCACUGGCACCGCUGUCAUGAACCUAUCCGAGUGGCUGCUGCUGACGAUGUGCGGCUAGAAGCCACGACAGAUCCACUGCGACUGGGACACCCCAGCGGGCCAGGCCCACUCCAAGUGCCUCCCCUUGGAUCUGGACAUAGGAUACUCUUCCCCCCCUUGCUCCAUCCUGCGCUGAGCCACCAGCCCUGCCUCCCAGCAAGCCUCACGCCACUCUCUGGUGGACCAGGGGUCAAAGCAGGCAGAGGAUACCCUUCUCCUCUUCUGGGCUGGGCUUCUUUCCACUCCCCCCUCCCCUCUCCCCACUCCAGAACAGGAGGAGGGCAAGCAGCAUGGGGUACGUCUGCAUGGCUGGAGUGAAGGAGCAGGCUGAGCGCCAGCUACGGAGCAGGGAGAAGCAGGAGCUGCAGGGGAAAGAGCCAAGGGGGACACUCGUAUCGCUUGCUCUAGUGCUGCCCCAUCCAUCCCCACCGGCACGCGUUGCCUGUCUCUGUGACCACACCUGGGAGCAUCAGCUGCCAAGGUACUGCCUUGCUCAGGCAGAUGCAGUGGGUUCCUGGGGAGACAGUGGCCUUCUGGGAGGAGGAAGGGCCAUACUCCUCUUCAAGUCCUUGCACUGCACUCAUCGCCACUAAGCACGACCAAAGCGUGGAGCCCACUGGCUCCUUCUGCGUGGCCUUCAACACAAUCCCUUCCAGCUCCAUGCCCCUGCAUCCCUCCACUGGGUCAAUCCCUGUAACUUAAGCACUGAAUGUUUGGGGUCUCCCCUGCCACAUAAGCACGUGCCACCCUGUAGUGCAGCAGGAAGCUCCUCUCUUCUGCGUGGGCACAGCAACGCCACUGCCAUCAUGGCAGUUUGGCCUCCUCUUCCAUCCCUGGGAGCUCUUGGGGCAUCUGCUGCCCCUGCUCAUGGCCCACAGCAGGGCUGGGAGGGUCCAGCACCCAGGAGGUGAUGCCCUCCCCCAGAGAGGAGGGGGGAGUGGUUCGGGGAGUGUUCUCCAGCACACAGUUGGGUUUCUUCCCCCUUACCCUCCCACACUGUUACACUCUCUUCCCUUGGGUUCCUGCGCCCAGUGCGGACGGAUUCCAGUGUCAACAUAUUUGUACUUCUCUGUGCUCCUGCACUCCACUCACCUUCUGAGGUAAUGGGGUGGCUCCAGCUUGGGGGCGGGUGGCAGCCAUCCUUUGCCCUUCAGAGGCAGGCAGUUAGCAUCCCCCAGACCCCUGCCGUUGCUGGAGGAUGCACCUGCAGCAAUAACCACUGCUGCCAGCCUGGCAGCUCCGCUUCCUCACCUACUCACCGCACAAUCCGGGAAUAAACUAAGAUCUGUUGGA